AUGGCUGAUGAUGCCCGUGAUCGUGCGGUGGUUGCAACGGAGGCUGCCGAUCUGACUCGACGGAAACAGCGGGAACAAGUCGAUCGCCUGCGCCAACUUAAGACAGGUGCAUUCGUAGGGCCGCAGCAGAACGAGUCUGCACGUGCUCGGAAAAGUCUCAGUCCCAAUCGUCGGCGUCGUCGUCGUUUUGGCGUGUCUAAUUACGAGCCGGCGCAGAAGACUAUAAAUGGUCCGUCGGAAGGACCGCCGACCGGUAAGUCUUAA